AGAUGCCUCUGGAUGUUCAAUGAUAGCCCUCUUCCAUACUGGAGGACGGUUCCCCCCAAGCUUACAUCCAAGGCUGAGACUUCUGCUCUUCUUCCUCUCGGUUGGCAUUCUCAAGAAAUCCGGUUCCACCACAAGCAGGAAACUGGCGUCCCACGGCUUCGGCGCUUCCAUGGCAGCAAUGUCAUCCUUCCCCCCACAAAGAUAUCACUACUUUCUAGUGUUGGAUUUUGAGGCCACGUGUGAUAAACCACAGCUUCAUCCUCAGGAAAUCAUCGAGUUCCCCAUCCUGAAGCUCAAUGGCAGGACGAUGGAGAUCGAGUCCACCUUCCACAUGUACGUGCAGCCCGUGGUGCACCCUCAGCUCACGCCCUUCUGCACAGAGCUGACUGGAAUUAUUCAAGGCAUGGUGGAUGGGCAGCCAAGUCUCCAGCAAGUGCUCGAGAGGGUCGACGAGUGGAUGGCAAAGGAAGGCCUCCUAGACCCCAGCGUCAAGUCGAUUUUUGUAACCUGCGGUGACUGGGAUUUGAAAGUCAUGUUACCAGGACAAUGCCAGUACUUAGGGCUGCCGGUGGCCGAUUACUUCAAACAGUGGAUUAAUCUGAAAAAGGCCUACAGCUUUGCCAUGGGGAGCUGGCCCAAGAACGGGCUCUUAGACAUGAACAAAGGCCUGAACCUACAGCACAUAGGGAGGCCUCACAGCGGGAUAGACGACUGCAAGAACAUCGCCAACAUCAUGAAGACGCUGGCCCACAGAGGCUUCAUCUUCAAGCAGACGUCCAAGCCCUUUUGAUCCCCGGGCCGGCCGGACAGGGCUGCACGCGGCCGCCCCAGCAGGACGGGCCUGAGCGGCCGCACGGCCACCGAGGACGCGGCGGCGGCGGCGACGACCCCCCUCGCGUGGCAACGACGGCGGCGCCGGCCCCCCCAGCCGCGUGCGCGGGGCAGGGACCGGGGGGCCGCGCCGGGAAGGCCGCGGGGAGGAGCGGGAUGGCCCCAGCCCGUGUCCGCCCGCCCGCGCCCGCCUGCCCGGCGCCUGCCCCGCCUCCGUAGCGUUGUAGUUCGGCCUUCUCGCGUCGGCGCCCCCUUUCCGUUCGCCCCCGGCCCCCGCGUGUCCCCUCCCGCCCCGUCCCGCCGAUCUGGGCCCCCGCGGCCGUGCCGGGAGCCUGCGGCCGCGAGCGCUCGCCUCCGCCGCCCCGAGACCCCCGCCCGUGCCCACGCCCCCUCCCCGAGCCCGUGUGUGACAAGCGAUCGUCUCUUUCUGUUCAAGGUGAAGUGCCUGUAUUCGCCCCGGCCUCCUGCCCGCCCCCGGCUGCUGGGAAGGGGCCACGGCGCCCCCCGGCACAGCCCCCUGCCCCCCCAAUGCAAGGCCAGGGGGGUGGGGGGGAUGCCCGCGCCGCCUGGGCCCUGUUGGAGCGAUGCCCGCUCCCACCGGGGGCCAGGCUCCGGCAGCCCCCCGUCCAUUGCCGGCAGUGGACGCCCGUGCCCCCCGCCCCAGCCUCCCCUGCCCCCCACAGCCCCGGCAGCCCCCGCGGGCGCUCGGCAGCAGCUGGCUGGGUGCCCCAGAUCCCGCGGGGGUGCCCUUAGCGUGGCCGGCUCCCAGGGGGGCAGACAGCGCACCUGUGCCCCUGCCCACCUCCCGCCGCGCCGGCUCCCUCCCGCCCCGGCAGGCGCAGCCAAUACAGGCACUGAACCUGGCGGUACAUGACUGCAUGGUGUGUGGUGUUCCAGUCCGACCCGCCGCAGCUGCGCCCCGGCAUCUCAUCGUCUAGUUACUCCGCCCCUCGCUGUAAAUGUGCCACAUGAAUAAAGUUUGGGGGAAAAGGA